CUGUCUGUUUCAGGUGUUUUCUAGGCUCUCCAUGACCACUGUGCAGUCCAUGGAAGGGAGAGAACUGUCCCUACAUUACAGAGGUCCUUCUCUCCUCACAACAGACCCCGCCGCCAUCUCCUUUACUGUGUCCGCAGUCUCUGGUCAUCCCCUGUCCUGUGUGUCCGCAGUCUCUGGUCAUCUCCUGUACUAUGUCCGCAGUCUCUGGUCAUCUCCUGUACUGUGUCCGCAGUCUCUGGUCAUCUCCUGUACCGUGUCCGCAGUCUCUGGUCAUCUCCUGUACUGUGUCCGCAGUCUCUGGUCAUCCCCUGUACCGUGUCCGCAGUCUCUGGUCAUCUCCUGUACUGUGUCCGCAGUCUCUGGUCAUCUCCUGUACUGUGUCCGCAGUCUCCGGUCAUCUCCUGUACUGUGUCCGCAGUCUCCGGUCAUCUCC